AUGGAUGGACCUGCAGUUGUUGAGCUUUAUAUAAAUAUAAACAGUGGGCCUGGCAACAACCCUGGUUCAAGAGGGUUUAUUGGACAACGUAAAAGAGAUCAACCCUGGUCUGCUGGACAACUAUGGUUGGAGACUUGGAGUGAUCGGGACUGUGGUUCAGAUCAUGGGCUAAACGAUACUUUAUGGCACCAACUUGGCCAAGAACAGUCACUGAAAUCACAUGCCAAAUUCAGUGACUCGCUGAUUGAAGCACACUUCUUAAAGAUAGGGUACUUUACUCACCUAAAGAACAAUGAGAAGGGCCACUUGCAAACUGGAAAGAGUCGAUAG